GCAGUGAGUUUUCCUGCAUUAAGUACGUCUCGUCUAUCCGUACACGUACACCGGGCUCAGGCACGUGAAGGAACCGCAAGACAGCUUGACAUUUCGCAGAGACCUCUCACUAGAAGACGACACUACGAGACAACGGCCCACGACGGACCUUCCCACGCCUCGCAGCAAUCACAGUCACCACCAAGCCUCGUGUAAGACCACACGUGGCGUUUGACAAGUUGCAUUCACACGCAAAUCUACAUGGCGACGUCCGCAUUAGCAUAUAUAGCAUCUCUACGUGACAUGUACCAUUACGUGUGGUCCUUCCGAGACCCCAGGAUAGAAAGAUGGGGCGUGGUCACUGAGGGGCGCCUCAUCAUCCCGCUUCUAUUUGCCUACGUGUACCUGGCCAAGAUCGGCGGCCCCCGAUGGAUGAAGAAUCGCGAACCGUACAAGCUUCGAAGCGCGAUCCUGACCUACAACGCCAUGACGGCGUUGGUUAACGCCUAUUUCUGUUACCGGUACGCCAGAGCAACUUACUUCGGCGGCGGCUACAGCUUCUUCUGUCAGGGCAUCAACAGGGACGGGCCCUCUGCGGAGGAAGCGGAGCUGAACUGGUGGUACCUGUACGUCCGCAUCGCCGACUUCCUCGACACGUUCUUCUUCGUGGCCCGCAAGAAGUUCUCGCAGAUAUCGGCACUCCACGUCAUCCAUCACUUCCUCGUGGUGCUCAGCGGCUGGGUGUGGCUGAACUUCGGUAACGAGGGCCAGGCACUUCUGGCAGUGCUCAUAAACCAGGCUGUGCACGUGAUUAUGUACACGUACUACUUCUUGGCGGCGCUUGGGCCGUCAGUGCGACCGUAUCUGUGGUGGAAGAAGUACCUGACAAGCCUGCAGAUUGCACAAUUCGUGUUCAUCGUUGUGCACAAUUCUAUUCCGAUAUUCUAUGACUGCGGCUAUCCAAGGCCACUGGCGAUGUUUGGUGUCGUGCAGCUACUGCUCGGACUCGUAUUGUUCAUAAAUUUCUACGUCCAGACGUACAUGCUGAAAAAGGGCGCCAACAAGGAAACGUCGUUGGUCGAUGGUAAAGUCAAACAAGGCUGAGAGAAUGUGAGAGAAUGGCGUAUUAUUAUUAGAAGUUGUGCCUCUGCUGAUACCUGUUCAUGAUAAGCGCGAACGCAUUAUCCUCCUCAAUGUGUAUUUCAGAAGAAUUCAUCUGAAAUUAUACGUUGUGCUCUUGUCCGCUAGCUGAAAUAAGAGAGAGUCUAUCAGCCAACAGAUUCACACCAGACACGCACAAAUUGCGCAUGAACAUUUUUAGCUAAAAGUGUUCCCUCACCUUCAAGCCGCUGUGUACAUUAUCAAGAAACGGCCACAGCUGUCUUAGGAUAAAUCUUGCUCGCUGUUCUGAACUAUGGCUCGUGCCAUCAUCUACUGUAAGGGCAACAUCAGUCAAUAUUUCUGAUUUCACUGGAAUGGGUGUUGUCGUAUCUUUGUUUUCUCUCUCUCUCAUUUGGAGACGUAACGGGUAAGUGCGAUGUGCCAUGAGGCUUCUCCAUUUGUUUUGUUCUUAUUGUUGUUACUGCGAUAGCAGUUAUGAACACGGACAAAAAAAACGCAGUGUGCUUUUCCUGCCAUAGCAAUGUUCCUUAUGAAAUUCAUCUCGAUAACAUCCCUGCACGAGUCAUACGUCCUAUGGACGAGAGAAAGCGUGCAAGGACAGCUGAUUAUCGGGGCCUGGAAGGAAGGGAUCUCAUGUUCUACAAGAAGAUAUGCCCACUCAGAGGAGGGGAGAAGGCUAAUCUGGGGAUGAUGCACCCAACCGAUGAGAACUCCUUAGUCUGAUCAACUGUUCCUGGUCACUCGGUUGAUCAAACUACGGAUUUACAAGGAAACCAUCUCGUAGAGUAAGGCGGGGCAAAAUGAGACGCGGGGCAAAAGGCAGCAUUUUGACUUUGCCGACUUGUGUAGCGAACACAAAUAUAUUUUUAUUUGUUUCUCUAUUUCAGCAAUAGGCGUUUGCUCUAGUCAACCUUUUUUAUGUGUAAAAGCGCAUGAUUACUCACAUAGUCCAGGCAGGAAAAAUUGUGCGGCUAAUGUGAGUGCGUUAGUGACCCUUGAAAAAGCGUAAAAUUUCGCGCUACAAAAUUUUAUGAUUCAUGCAUAAAGCUACUCCGGCGUCAAUACAACAAUGUAGGUAUUUAUGGUGUUACUUUAAACUUCUAGCUACUUACGACAAAAAGUUUAGUUCGUUUGGUGACUGGGGCCAAAGCAGACAUUUUUUUUAUUUAGAGCAUGCCAGAGGGGCAAAAAGUGACAAAAAGGCAUGAAGCUGCCAUUGAGAGUGUCUUAUUAAGUGAAACAUUUACUUACACGCAUCAUAUAUUCUAUAUUAUUUGUUUAGAAUGGUAUGGACGUACAAGAAAAUAUCAUAUACAGCUUCUUGGCAGGAGUUUGACUGGAAAUAGCACUUAUUGGUGGUAAGGACAGAACUUAUUCCAUUCACGCUGCAUUUAGGUUGUUCGGCGUUCCCACGAAUGCUCUCAAGAGGCCCAUGAAAAAAUGGGAAGAAUCUCCAAGACAAGCCGUUCACAAACACAUGUUGGAAACGAGUUUUAAUGACACAUUUCUUAUACUAACAUUCAAAAAUCACAAGCGAUAGAAUUUUCGAAAUUUAUUGCCUCACAAAGCCCGGCUGACGAAGUUUAAUAUCCCGUAAUGCCCUCGCAGUUCUGCAUUAAACCGGCAAAAAGAGACAAAGAAGACAUGUCACACCAUACAUGCCUUCCAAUCGUGAAAAAAAAAAACUAAUGAUGUUCUAGCAUGUAACAAAAGACAACAUUAGCGCAUUGACUGACGGUGUUUAUAAGCAAGGAGCUUGGAGCACAGGAGAGCUGGGUUCUGUCUGGAUUAAAUGAGUAAAAGCUGGGUUCAAAAAAACUGGAUGAGGGCCCACGGAGGGAAUUUCAAGUGGCUCUACUGCAACACGUGAAAAGAUUUUUUUUUUUUUUACACUGCCUCGUUUGACCCCGCAGGUUGGGGCAAAAUGGCGCAUUUUUAUUUCUUUUUAUAAUACCCAUUCGAACAGAUGUAGCACGGUCACAUUUAUGUAGCACAUAUUUUGUACCCAAAGGAAUGCUUCCCUAUUGACGUUUCAUGGUAACACGUGAAAUAAAAAAAGAACUGCAUUCAGUAUAUUCAAA